CAAGACCUAUAUGGUUCUGUUGUUUCUUCCUCUUCUUUCUUCUAAGCUCCAAAUCCCACAGAUAAAAUCCCAAGCACUACCUUCCACUGAAAGAAAUUAAACUUAUCAUAUGAAUUUUGUCGGUGCAGUACGUUGAACCGUUCCUGUGAUCUUUGCACACCAGGUGUUUGAUUAAAUUCUUAGGUCAGUGCGUUACGCACACAAGGUGUUUGAUCAAAGUUCUGGUGCUGAAUUGUUGGUGGAAUGGGGCGAGGGAGAGUGCAAUUGAAGAGGAUAGAGAACAAGAUCAAUCGCCAAGUUACUUUCUCUAAGAGGAGAGCUGGUUUGCUUAAGAAGGCUAACGAGAUCUCCGUUCUCUGUGAUGCCGAGGUUGCUCUCAUCAUCUUCUCUACCAAAGGGAAGCUCUUUCAGUUCUCUAGCGAUUCCUGUAUGGAGAGGAUAAUUGAAAGGUAUGAAAGGUAUUCAUAUGCGGAGAGACAGCAGCUUGUGGCAAAUGCUCAGGGACCAAAUGCAAACUGGACUUUAGAACAUGCAAAGCUCAAAGCAAGGGUGGAAGUCUUACAAAGGAAUCAAAGGCAUUUUAUGGGUGAAGAUCUUCAAGGCCUAAGUAUGAGAGAACUUCAGAAUUUAGAACAACAGCUUGAUUCUGCUCUCAAACAAAUUCGAUCACGAAAGAAUCAAAUCAUGUAUGAGAAUAUCUCACUGCUUCAGAAAAAGGAGAAAGCUCUAAAUGAACAAAACAAUUCACUAGCUAAGAAGAUCAAGGGAAAAGAAAAAGCUACCACAGAACAGACUCAUCAAUUGGAGCUGCAAGAUAAUUAUACUGUUGCACCUCAAACCUCAGAAAACUUGAAUAUUAGAGGAAUGCCACAAGAUAGAAGUGAUAAUGAAGAAGAUAAUGAUAAUGAAGAAGGUAUCCAAACUAAUGCUAGUGCUAAUAUCCUUCUUCCCAAUUGGAUGAUUCCUCCUACAAAUGAAUAGAAUUGUUCAAAGGUGUUACACAACAUAUAUGAUGGAUAUAUAUGAUUUGGAAAAGAAACCUACCUUAUUUGAUGAAAAUUGUAAAAUGUAAAAUGUCUAAUUUGUUAUGUGGUGUAUCUCAUUUGAUGACUUUAAUUAAUUAAUUACCUAAAAUAUAAUAAUGUGUGUGUUAGUGUGUCUAA